AUACCAUUAUAAAAUAAAACGACAUCGUAGCGACUUAUGCAAGCGGCGAAGUCACCAUUUUCAUGCCAAACUGUUAGCCAUCUAAACUUAAUUAAUUUAGCUUCCAGCCAAUGAUAUCUUGACACUUGGCAUCAUUAAAAACAGGCACUAGCGGUUAGUUUGUUCGAGGACUUUUAAUAUUGUGAAGCCGGGGAAACCGAAUUCAAAAUUUCAGAACACGAAUCUGUUAUUUACUCCUCAAUAAUCUUCUUCUUCCUUCUCUAAUUCCAUUCCUCUCUGUAUAUCCUUCUCAUUUGGGGGUUAGGGUUAGGGUUUCUAGAAUUCGUCGUUUUAUGUGCGUCGAUUGGAAGUCCCAGGUUAAUCCGACCGAUGAUUGUGGAGGCCUCGGAAGAAAUGGAGAGAGCCGCUGUAGAAAACCUAGAUUUCUUCCGGCGUAUUAUUGAUUGGAUCGACGAUUUAGGAGAAGCUGUUAUACGAAACAUUCUCAGUCGGCUGCCGGCCAAACCAUUCGCAUCGGCGGCGUGUGUUAGCCGUUCAUGGAACACUAUCUGCAAUAGCAUACUUUCCUUCCCUAAACUCUCAUCUGCCGUCUCUUUUAACCCUUCACUUGAGAAAGCUUUGAACGAGGUUGUGGAAAAGGUUCUGAUGGAACCAAUUCGCCCUCAUUUCGUAUUGGCCUCUAUUGGUCCCUGCUUUAUCUUGCAAGCAGCUCUACGACGGAUUGAAGGGAUAUUUGGUUCCAAGAUUCCUAUUAUUAUCAAUGUGGCUGAGGGAGUCAUUGGCAGGGAUGUGCGUACAGAUAAGUUUGUAGAGGUACAAUGGGCACUUUCGGCAGCAAAGAAGAAAUAUUCUUGGCCUACUGACACUCAGCCAACAGCGACCUGCGGCAUGAUAUUGACAGUUGGAUUUUUGCCAGGACUGAAGGUUCAUUUAGUUCCUUUAUUCCAAAGUGAGGGACCUCAAAGCCUUUUUGUUGACAAAUUUGUUAUGGAUAUUAGAGAAGUUGCAUCAGCUGUUUCCCAUUCUUCAUCUCCUGCCGGAAUCAUGUUGUUUGCUGACCGGAAAACAAACAUCUUACCCGUUCUUCAAAAAACUGAAUAUGCAUUUCCCAAGGAUACAUUCAUUGUGGGUGAUGGAGGUAGUGAAUUAAUAUUUCGAAUCAGUGAAACUACUACCGUGCCACCAGAUUCCACGUUUGCUGCAGUUGCCCUAUUGUUCACAAGGGAUAUAAACAAGCCUUUAGGUAUCGGGGAAAUUCAAUUUCAUGUCAUGUUAUCAACUGGCGUAACAGCAGUUGGUCCUGUAUACAAGAUACUCUCUGUUGAAGAUCACGGAACUUCAACUUGCUUCACUGCAACGAGAGACACAAUUCCUGAGCCUUUUGAGGGUGAAGCUAUUUUACAUGAUAUCCUUGAUGAGCUUUUGCCCAAAGGAAAAACGAAAAGAGUUCAACAUCUAAAUUUUGUCACAAUUGCUUCGUUACUGAUUCAUCUAACAAGGAUACCUGUGACAGUCAAAUUCAUCGCACACUUGGUGAACCAGCGUGUAGCUCACGAGCUUAUUGCUCUCGAGCUGCUGACUCUGCUUCUGGAGAAUCCAACCGAUGACAGUAUUGAAGUGGUUAUGGGCUUCGUUACAGAAUGUGGGUGCUUUCUCCAUGAAAUAAAGGACGAGACAGAGACGAAUUUGAUUGAUCUUUUCGAAGAACUAUUUACUUGA